AUGUCAAAGGCAUUUUGGGUUUUGAAUAUUGCUGUAAUUUUAAUCGCAAUAUUUUUGUUCUCUCCAACAAAUUAAGAUGAAAUAAUAGAUGAGCUGAAUUUUGUAAGCCUAAAGGGAGGAGGUAAAGGAGGUGGUGGUAGAGGAGGCGGUAGUAGAUCCUCAUCUAGUUCAUCUAGUAGGUCUAGUGGUUCGUCAUCUUCCUCAUCAUCCUCCUCUUCAUCAAAGAGUUCUAGUUCAACUAGUGCAAGCAGAUCUGGUUACUCUGGUUACUCUGGCUAUAGAUCGCCCUCUGGUUCUUCUUAUACUAGACCUUCUACAUAUUCAAGAUCUAACUACUAGACGAACAUCAUCAUAUGGGCUUUUACUAUUACUAUUACAUGCCUAUGGCUUAUUAUGUAAGAACAAAUAAUCAACUAACUUAUUCAUCAGACCAUUAUGUUCUAUUCAACAGUUCAUUACCCAUAUCCAUACUACUACUAUCAUCAUCCAGUUCCAGUAUACUCACCAAUUUCUUUUUGGACUUAUUUCCUAUUGAUCUUUAUUUUGACUUUGUUUAUUUUAUGCAUUUGUAUUUGCUGCUGUAUGGAAAUGUCUGAAAGCAAAUAUGAUGAUUAUGAACCUAUAGAGGGAGAAGUUGUAGUUCACGAGGAGGUCGUAGUUGAACAUCAUUAUAAUGCUCCACCUCCACCAGGUCAUUACCCUUAUGGAGAACAAGGCUAUACAGAUCCUAAUAGACCACCAAAUGCUUAUGACGAUCAAUAUUUUCAUAAUAGAGACGGUGGGGAUUAUAGAUCACCUCCUCAUCAAAAUGACGAUCCUUACUACAAUAAUCCUCCUCCAUAUUAUCCUCCUGGAGAACCACCGUUCUACUAGAGACCACCAUCUCCACCACUCUACUUUGAGGGGCAAGGCUAUCCACCACUUCCACCUAUUAUCAGAGAAGUUCAUGUUGAAGUUCAACACGAGGAAAGAACAGAGCACAGAGAGGAGAGUCAUUAGAGAUAAGAGCAAUUUCACAGAGAAAACUAUCGCCAGGAUAAUAGAUAUGAUGAUAGAUACAACAAUACUAAUAACAGAUAUAGAGGACCAGAAGAUAUGAACAGAGAUGAUAGAUUUAGAGGAGAUAAUCAUUCCCCUGGGAGGUAUCACGACGAUUAAUACAGAGGAGACAACAGAUAGAGACCUAGAGAUGAUAGUAGAGGAAGAUACAAUCAUCAGCGAUCUGAUGAUGGGCAUGAUGAUCAUCACGACAACUAAUAGCAUAGUACUUAGAAUCCAUAAAAUAAUAACCCUAAUCCAGGAGAGAGUAAUUAUAACUUUAACUGGGGGAGCCAACCUUAAAAUUGGAAUAGAAACUAAAACCCAUACAAUAAUGACAGGUAGUAUUGA